AUGGCCGGAGAUUCUAGGAUCUUCAUGAACCAGGACAUGGACAUCGGAGUUACCUCCAGAGAGCCUAAGAAGAUUCCCAAACAGGCUCGGGAUGAUGUCCCCAUUGCCACUGACCGAACCCGCCUCAUAUCAGCAGAAGGUAAGAAGCCACGUCAGCGUUACAUGGAGAAAAGUGGCAAAUGCAAUGUGCACCACGGAAACGUCCAAGAAACCUAUCGAUAUCUUAGUGACCUCUUCACUACGCUGGUGGACCUCAAGUGGCGUUUUAAUCUUCUUGUCUUCACUAUGGUCUAUACCAUCACUUGGUUGUUUUUUGGGUUCAUAUGGUGGCUCAUUGCCUAUAUCCGGGGAGACCUGGACCAUCUUGAAGAUGAGAACUGGAUCCCCUGUGUUGAAAAUCUCAGUGGAUUUGUUUCUGCAUUUCUCUUUUCUAUCGAGACUGAGACAACAAUUGGGUAUGGCUAUCGGGUCAUAACGGAGAAGUGCCCAGAGGGCAUUGUACUGCUUCUGAUCCAGGCUAUUCUGGGCUCCAUCGUUAAUGCAUUCAUGGUGGGAUGCAUGUUUGUCAAGAUCAGCCAACCAAAGAAGAGAGCUGAAACCCUCAUGUUUUCUAACAACGCAGUGAUUUCCAUGAGGGAUGAGAAGCUCUGUCUCAUGUUCCGGGUUGGAGACCUCCGCAAUUCCCACAUUGUCGAGGCUUCCAUUAGAGCCAAACUGAUAAAGUCCAAACAGACCAAAGAAGGAGAGUUUAUCCCCUUGAACCAAACGGACAUCAACGUGGGAUUUGACACUGGAGACGACAGAUUGUUCCUGGUGUCACCUCUUAUCAUCUCGCAUGAAAUCAAUGAGAAAAGCCCCUUCUGGGAGAUGUCCCGCACCCAACUGGAGAAGGAGGAGUUUGAAAUUGUGGUCAUCCUGGAAGGAAUGGUGGAAGCAACAGGGAUGACUUGCCAGGCUCGCAGCUCCUACAUGGACACCGAGGUGCUGUGGGGACAUCGCUUCACUCCUGUCCUCACCCUGGAGAAGGAUUUUUACGAAGUCGACUAUAACAGCUUCCACAGCACGUACGAGACCAACACUCCUGUGUGCUGUGCCAAGGAGCUGGCCGAGUCUCGCCGGGAAGGCCAGCUCCUCAGCCACCUCUCCAGUGCCACCCUCCUGAGCGGAGGCAGAGAAGCAGAGACAGCAAAAGAAGAAGAGGAGGAGGAAGAAGGCGGCAGGGAGCCGGCAGGAUUGAAUGGAGCCAAUGGGACAGCAGGAGAGGUGAAAGAAGAUAUGCCUGUAUAA